UAGGUGAGAGAGUAAGACUGAGAGCCGUACUGUGCAUAGAGAUGCAUUGCUCUGGGCCACAGCAGAGUAAGGCUUCAGAUGAAGUGGAUAAGAUGACUGCAGUGGUGGAGAAACAGCAACCGAGGCAAAGUCAGCAAGAAAGCAAAGAUGUCAGGGAAGGUGAGAAGACUGGAGCUCAGCAGGGUGCUAAAAAUCAACUCAGCAGGAUUAUGCGGCCAGACGACGCCAACAUUGUGGGUAACGUCCAUGGUGGCAUCAUCCUCAAGAUGAUAGAGGAAGCUGGAUGCAUUGUUGGCACGCGGCACUGCAACACACAGAACGGGGAUCGCUGCUUGGCAGCUCUGGUUCGAGUGGAGAAGACAGAGUUCCUGUUUCCUGUGUUCAUUGGUGAGGUCGCCCAUGUCACUGCUGAGAUCACGUACACCUCCAAGCACUCGCUGGAGGUUCAGGUCAAAGUUGUGGCUGAGAAUAUCCUCACAGGUGCCAAAAAACUGUCCAACAAGGCAGCGCUGUGGUACGUCCCCUGCUCUCUGCAGAAUGUUGACAAGAUCAUGGAGGUGCCACCCAUCAAGUAUGCUAGUGCUGAACAAGAGGAGGAGGGCAGGAAGCGCUACGAGGCUCAGAAGAUGGAGAGACUGGAGACCAAGGCAAGGACUGAAGAGGUGAUGCCAUCUCCACCCAACCCAGAGGACCCACCAAAAGAACCGCACACUGUUGGCUUCAGCCAGUCAAGUCUGAUUCAUCUGGUGGGCCCUUCAGACUGUACACUACAUGACUAUGUUCAUGGGGCUGGAUUUGAUCCAGAUACCCUAAAAACAACCUUUUCCAUGCACUUUGGAGAAAAUGAGAAACAAAGGACUGUUAAGAUUAAAGGCAAGACGAAGAAUGAAGCCAAUGAGGGUAGCACAUUGAGAUUUGAUGUUUAA